CUCUUUUUCACCUUUCCAGCGAAGUUUUUGCAAACUGUCGCUGACUUUUGCGACCUAACCCUGAGGGCUUGGUGUGUCAUCUUUUAGGUCACGUGGAGGCUUAUGACUUUGCUGCUGAUGUUGCUUCGAGGAUGGUUAAACGUUGUCUGAAGCUGACGAACGGUGAUUGAGAAGAAUAAUUGAGCGAGUGAGGGCUCUGGAGGGGUUUGUUUGUGGUCUCUGGUCUGGUAUGUAUACGUUGAUACUAGCGGGAGUCAUCACCUACUGAACGACGAUCCCUGCUCAGCUCCAGUACGGAAUUCUCGUUUUCUCCUGUGUUCUGUUUGGGUAUUUGUUUGAGGUCAGAGGGGGAGAGGAGGCAUCAGUGGACUUGUACUGUAUGAAGAAGAGAGAAGUCUGGUUUAAGUGGGGUGCAGGGCUAUGUAUUUGCUGUAUUGUCAGUUACAUGCGAUGUAUUGAUCCUGUGCUGUUAUCAGCAUUUCGCGACUCUGUCUCAAUCAUCCUUAUUCUUCUGUCUUGCAUGAUUAAAAUCAAUCUCAUUUAUUUACAAUAAACAUGAUAAGCCCAUAUGUCGGUAUUCAGUGGCGUUCCCGUCGCGGAGAAAGGACAGCCCUCGCGAGCGCGCUCGAACUCCUCUCUUCCAACUCUUCUCCUCCCAUCUGUCUGAUCCCCCUGUCUACUGUUCUACUACAAACGAGAAGUCUACGUUUAUUUUUUUUUUCUUUGGGGUUUUACAAUACGGACCGCCCCGCGCGCGCCCUUCUCUUCUGUCAGUUACCAUUACAGAAAACAGUAACCCCGCCUACUGCCAGG